AUGGCGACGCAAAUGCAGCUUCGUGGCGUGCUCAAGGGGCACGAAAACUGGGUCACGUCCAUCGCGACCCCGUUGGACAACUCUGACAUUUUGUUGUCCUCCUCCCGGGAUAAGACGGUGAUCCUGUGGAACCUCACCCGUGAGGAAGAAAACUACGGCUACCCGCGCCGAUCCCUUCACGGCCACUCGCACUACGUGCAAGAGGUUGUGAUCUCCAGCGACGGCCAAUUCGCCCUCUCGGGCUCCUGGGACGGCACGCUCCGCUUGUGGGACCUCAACACUGGUACCACGACCCGACGCUUCGUUGGCCACACCAAGGACGUCCUUUCCGUGGCCUUCUCCGUUGACAACCGUCAAAUCGUCUCCGGCUCCCGGGACAAGACGAUUAAGCUGUGGAACACGCUCGGUGAGUGCAAGUACACGAUCCAAGACGCCGACGCGCACUCUGAAUGGGUGUCCUGUGUUCGCUUCUCCCCGGUGACCACCAACCCGAUCAUCGUGUCUGGUGGCUGGGACAAGCUCGUGAAGGUCUGGAACCUCACUAACUGCAAGAUUCGCACGAACCUCGUUGGCCACACUGGCUACAUCAACACCGUCACCGUCUCUCCGGACGGUUCCUUGUGCGCCUCCGGUGGGAAGGACGGCGUUGCCAUGCUCUGGGACCUUGGUGAAGGCAAGCGUCUCUACUCCCUCGAUGCUGGUGACAUCAUCUACGGCUUGUGCUUCUCGCCGAACCGCUAUUGGUUGUGCGCGGCGACUGAGUCGUGCGUCAAGAUCUGGGAUCUCGAAUCCAAGUCCAUCGUUGACGAGCUCCGCCCGGAGUUUCCGCCGGUCGGCAAGAAGUCCCAACAACCGUACUGCACGUCCCUCCAAUGGUCUGCGGACGGUUCUACGCUUUACACGGGCUACACCGACAACGUCAUCCGCGUUUGGUCGGUUGGCUCCUCCGGCUUGAUGUAA